UUGGUUUUUACAGUCCCUACAGAAGGCCCACGACUUCUACGAUCCAGGUCGAGUUCUUCGGAAGCUGGUGUAAAUGGGAAAUCAUCACGAAAUUCAUCUCCACAACGAAAGGAAGUGUUGAGUAUCGCUCAAGAAACGGUGGAUGUCCUUUUACAGCCGGGAAAGGCAAGAUCUGAACAUUCCACAAACACUGAUGAAGUGACAGGCAUUUCUGUAGUAACGGAGGACGAUCUUGCACAACCUCAAGGCCGACGAUUUGAGAAGAGGUAUCACACUGCAGAUGGCAUCGAUGUUUUGAAACCAAAGGGAGCGGUACUACAAGGUGGAAUCCUUAAGAGGUUCUCUUGGAAUGUCAGUUCAGCAGUUGGAGCGAGUAGUCGAAAAAUAUCAGCUAGACUGGGAGAGCACAGUCGACGUCAUUCACAAUCGUCCACUGCCACUUCUUCGGAAUCAUUCGGCAGUUCGACAUCUGGGAUUUCCACAUCUUCGUCACAUGCUGACAGUGAGACUACGAAAACGCAUGUUUCUACGAUAGCUGUGAACGACGAGGGGGCAUCGUUAGCAACGUUGAACAUAAGCCUCGACAUACCGUCCGAAGGCGCCAACGAAGAGAUUUCAUCGGUAUGA